AUGAAGACGCCUGAUACGUUCUCCUUGUGGAGGAAUGGAGAAGAAAAUGAAUCGAACAGCUCUGCGUCGUCAAGCCUCAUGGCCGUCCUAGCCACAGUACUCGUCGUGUCCAUCGUCUUUUACUUCUUCAGGAGGACGAAGAAUGGAGCCUAUCUUCUGCCUCCUGGACCCCGAGGGUUGCCGCUUCUCGGAAGCCUCCCCUUCCUCGGAUCCGACCUCCACGUCUACUUCGCGGAGCUCGCGCGCACCUACGGCCCUGUCAUGAGUCUCCGCCUUGGCGCCAAGCUCUGCGUCGUGCUCAGUUCCCCCGAGGCGGUGAAGGAGGCCCUUAGGGACCAAGACGUCGUCUUCGCCAACCGCGACGUCCCCAUGGUUGGGUUCGUCUACUCCUACGGCGGUAAGAACCUGGCUUUGGCACCCUACGGGCCUCACUGGCGCAUGCUUCGCAAGGUGUCGGCUCGGGAGCUGUUCAAUCCCGCCACCAUCGACAGCCUCUCCGUCCCGCGCCAGGAUGAGAUUCGAAGGAUGGUGGAGGAGAUCAGAGGGAAGGCAGGCCAGUCCGUGAAUCUGCGCGAGCUCUUGUCCGCCGUGACAAUGAAACUGAUAGCGGUGAUGCUGUGGGGGGGCUCAUUGCCGCAGAAAGGAGAGGAGGGGGACGCCGUUUGGAGGGAGAUCGGAAACGCGGUCGACAAAAUCGUGUCCAUGUCGGCCGUCCCCAACAUCUCCGAUUUCUACCCUGCCCUAGCCUGGCUCGACCUGCAGGGCCUAGUGCGGCGGAUGCGAAGAUUGUGCUCAGUGCUCGACCAUAUCUUAAACUCCAUCAUCGAGGAGCGCCUGAUGAUGAUGGAGAGCUGUCGGGAGGGAGAUCCUGCGGCGGCCGUGGAUAAGAAGAACAGGGAUUUCCUGCAGGUGCUGUUAGACCUCGUACAGAACCCUGACCCCCAAGGGCCCAUGACCAUGGAGCAUACGAAGGCCUUGCUCCUGGUGACCUCUUCAUCUUCAUCUCUUCCAUCAAAAAAUUUAUUCGGCGGCUUUUAAAUAUCCAAUUACAAAAGGCUUCCCGUAGAACAUCUUCAUACACGUGAUUUCUAAGUCGGGCUGUGAUACAUAAUUGACCGUACCCCAUGCCCCGUGCUCACCUGUCUGAGGAACCGGGUUGACAGGACCUUGUGGCCGGAGGGAUGGACACGACGUCCACGACGGUGGAGUGGGCCAUGGCAGAGCUUCUCAACGACCCCGAGAGGAUGAAGACUGCACAACACGAGAUUGCCGCCGUGGUCGGCAAGGGCAGCGCCGUCGAAGAGGUCCACCUCCCCCGCCUGCGAUACCUCGACGCCGUGGUCCGGGAGACCCUCCGCCUCCACCCGGUGGUGCCUCUGUUGGUGCCCCGCUGCCCCAGCUCUACCUGCACCGUCGGCGGCUUCAGAAUUCCCGAGGGAACCAACGUACUCGUCAACGUGUGGGAAAUACACAGGGACCCUAGAAUAUGGGAGGACGCCUCCAAGUUCAAGCCGGAGAGGUUCCUGAGCGAAGCAGGCAGAGUGGAUUACAGCGGCAAAACCUUCCGCUACCUCCCUUUCGGAACCGGCAGACGGAUCUGCCCCGGCAUUUUGCUGGGGGAGAGGAUGGUGAUGUUCAUUCUUGCCUCACUGCUGCACUCGGCGGACUGGGCUCUGCCAGAAGGUGGGGCGGCGGCGUUGGAUCUCAACGAGAAGUUUGGGAUUGUGAUGAGGAAGGAGAAGGCCCUCAUCGCCAUCCCCUCCACGCGAUAA